AUGUCUGCAUCUACCGCCACCGCCUCCACAGUUUCCGACCCUCCUCGUUCUGGGCGUCUCCGCCGUCUGAGCCAGUUACGCGCUUACACCCAAAACCUAUCUUCCCCCAGUGGGCAACGGGCCCGCAAUUCUUUGAGUAGUCGAAUCCCCUGGUUAUCGCCAACUUCUAGCGAUUUUCCCCCAAGCCAGGGGACUUCUACUUCAUGUCCUGAAGAUCAUUCUUUGUCUCGCUACAACACUGCGCCUUCAGGUUACCGUCCCGAUACCCAAGCGUCAUCCGCCGAAUCUGCAUCUCCCCCUCCCAACAACUCGACUCGCUCAGAAAUGGCACGACUCCGAAGUGUCUCCGCCGUCUCUGGUCGGACACCACGACUGGGUCGCACUGGGACUUCAGAGGGACUGACCCAAAUACAAACCACCCCCGUACCAGCCCCAGCCCCAGCGACCACUCCGUCUCCAGAGCCGCCCACCCCCAACGAUGCACCAGAUCUGCCCAUCACAACCCUGGAUGCGCAAUCACCAAAUGCACCGAAACAAAAAGCCACCAUUCGCUUUUUCCCCUACCAGGAUAACUAUCAGAAUUCGCGCCCCUCAUUACCGUUUGUUCCCAUCGCCCGCACUCUGCCAUCGGAGAGCUGUGUGAUUCGCGUGGGUCGCUAUUCUGAGCGUGAUGGUAUUCCCAUUCCCAACCCCACUGAGCCUUCCGAUGCUCCUGUGGGCUUCAAAUCCAAGGUCGUCAGCCGCAAGCACUGUGAAUUCAUGUUUGUCAAUGGCCAGUGGCAUGUCAAAGAUGUGGGCAGUUCGUCGGGCACGUUCUUGAACCACAUGCGAUUGAGUCAGCCAAAUAUGCAGUCUCGUCUAUAUACCAUCAAGGACGGUGAUAUUAUUCAGCUUGGCAUUGAUUUUCGGGGCGGCGAAGAAAUGAUUUUCCGCUGCGUGCGCAUUCGCAUCGAGUGUAAUCGCUCGUGGCAGCAACAACCAAAUGAGUUCAAUAAAAAUACGGAGAGCCUCAUCAAAAAUUUGGGCAAGGGCGAAACUGCUGAUUAUUCUGGCUGCCGGGAAUGCUCAAUUUGUCUUGGCUCGGUCUUGCGGCCAUAUCAGUGUCUGUUCAUGGCGGCCUGUGCUCACGUGUGGCAUUAUAAAUGUAUCAGUCGUCUGCUUCAUUCACCCGAGUACCCAAUGUUUCAGUGCCCCAACUGUCGCGCAUUUACAGACUUGAGCGCCGAAGUAGAUGACACAAAUGACUACGAUCUCGAGGAUAAGGAGGACAAAGAAGAGCCAGAAAUUGCCGGAGAAAUCGCAGAGCCUCGUUCCGAGACACAGUCACCCGUGAACGCAAGCCUCGCCAUUGAUACCAACCAGCAAGAUGUCAUCCCUGAAGAGCCCGACCUGGUCACCGAUGUGGAAAACUUGCACCUAAGGCCAGACGUGGAUACAGAGGAUAGCCGAAGCACGAACUCCCCUGCGCCCAGUGGAAGCAAUGAGGAUCUUUCGCGCAGCGCCACCAAUGUACCAGGCUGGCAGCCCACACAACCUCUCAACAUCCCCCAUGUCUCUCAUCUUCGUGCCGAUACACCAGUCCGCUCCGAGACAUCAGAUGACAAUCCCUUGACCCCUAGGAACGAUUCGGGUCCCCUUGCCUUCGACGGUCGUGCAGGGAUGCAAUAA